AUGGUGGUGACGCUGGUGAGGUGGUGGUGUCGUUGGAGGCCGGGACCACGGGCGGCGGCGGUGCGCCGGCCGCGCGCCGCGUUAUCGCCGACGAACCAUCGGGCGUUAAGGUAUUCGUAG